AUUGCAUGUUAAAGACUCCACUUUUUCCACAAAAGAAGGACUGCAUACAGAAUUAUAUUAGAAACAGAGGCAUGUGUAAAUAAGUAACGUGACCUUUAAAACUUAUAAAUAGAAUCAGAACAUCUUUUAAUUUUAUUGACUUAUUUGCUUCAUAAAUAGAUAAUACAUUUUUAUGGCUUGUUCCGAUGCUUAUCUAUCACACUGCAUGUUCAAGUCCUGAUUAACUUCCUGGGAUUACAGUACAACCAGAAGCAGAAUUUCUAAAGUACUUUGGCAAAGCUUUGUUUUUAUAGUAAUUUUGACAUAAUCAAACCCAGCAAUUUCUAGAAAUGUUUUCAAAAAAUAUAUUCACAUGGCUUGAUUGCAGCAUUUUUGGUUAAAAUAUCAGAAUUCCCAGACCACACCUAGAAUAAAAAGCACUGGGUUAAACUAAAGAGAAGGAAGUUUUACAGGGAGAUGUUAAGGCAGUCUUCCUAGCAGUCAAUUAAGCACUUGAAUAACUAAUCUAAGAUUACCACAGAUGGUUAUAAAAGUCUGGACAAACACAUUAUGAAUAGACCCAAAUGUAUGAAAAACAGGAUGUUCGUCUGGCCUGAUCGCAAAGGCUCCCUCCACCCUGCACCUAUUUUAUUCAAAUACUAUAGCAUGACAAGCAAUAAUAUUUUUAGAUAAUUAGUUCUGAAUUGCACUUCAGUACAUCAUCAGUGUUGAUCAUCCCAAAAAUCCUACUGCUUUUUGAAAAUCAUUCUCUUAAAAAAACCAAACUGAGAUAUUAGAAGUGGACCUGGGUAAAAAUGCAAGAGUUUAUACAGCAACUUACCAGAUUGCAGGUCCUAAGAAAAGCAGUUCCUUUCCCACUCCAUAAAUGUUCAUUCUAAAUAUUUAGUGAAGAAGCUGAAUGCUUAUUUUUAUAAACAUGUGACUAGAAAACAUAUGGACUCUUACUGAAAUAACAGUAAUAGAAAUUAAACGCCUUUUCACUAUGUGCUAGUACAGUGUGCCAUGCCCUGCUUUUCAGGAAUAUUGCCUUUUUCCUGAGGAGUAUAAGCUAAAAUAUCAAUUUAUAACCAAAAUCUGAUUAUCUUAAUUGCAAUAAAGCAAAUGAUACACUUAAUAGGAUGUGCAUGCUCUUUCCAAGCAGCUUAUUGUAUUGCUGUAUCAGUCAAGUAAGCAAUAUGCCAUCUGCAGAUGUUUAUGUAUGAAAUCCUGCAGAGGGAAAACAUUUGAACUACAGAACAGAUUAAAUAAUUGAAAAUGAAAUUGCAUGAUAAGGUGUUUGAUGGGGUGGAGGGAGGCAGCACAGUGGAGGAAAAUCCAUCCCCAUGACUACUGGUCCUUCCUCCUCCCUGCUCACUGCUGUUCGCCUCUUCUUGGAUUCCAGAGCUUGUUUUAUUCCUCAGCAGCGUUCCUACAGCCUGGCAGAUUCAGUAUUGUUGGAAAUUGGGGACGGUGGUUUGUUUCAGACAGAGAAGAAAGGAGAGUUUAAGUAUCGCUUUAGGAGACAUGGCUUUGCUCUGGAUUCUUUUAUACAGAAAGAAGACGUGUUUGCUGGCUCUGAGAGAAAAGGAAAAUUGUUAAAGGCAGUGUGGAUAUGACUUGAAUUUUUCAUCAGGCUCUCAACACUAUUACUAGGGGUGAAGAAUGAUCUCCUUCCAGCUAGUUUUUCAAUAAUGUCACUGGGGAAUUAAGGUUGGAAGAUACUUCAGGAUGGAUAAAGCUGUUCAGCAUCCCAGUGAGAUCCUGAAUCAAACUAUCUCUAACAUUAGCCUUUCUCAGUUCUUGAACUUUGAUACAUGCCAACUUUCCUCCCUUACAGAAUUCUUGCUUAUCACAGCUUACACAUUGGUUACACUGGUGGGGCUUGUUGGAAAUCUUUGCUUAAUUAUUAUAAUAAAGAGACGGAAAGAAGCUCAAAAUGUCACCAACAUUUUGAUUGCCAACCUCUCUUUAUCAGAUGUCUUGAUCUGUAUCAUGUGCAUUCCUGUCACAGUUGCAUAUACCUUAAUGGACCACUGGAUAUUUGGGGAAGCAAUGUGUAAAAUAGGCUCUUUCAUACAAAGUCUCUCUGUCACAGUCUCCAUUUUCUCACUUGUACUCAUUGCUAUUGAGAGAUAUCAGUUAAUUGUGAACCCACGUGGCUGGAAGCCCAAUAUUUCACAUGCUUAUUGGGGAAUUCUUUUUAUCUGGGGGCUUUCCCUCAUCAUAUCCGCUCCUUUUUUAGUAUUCCACCAAAUAACAGAUGAACCCUUCAAGCAUCUGUCUUUCCACAGUGAUUUCUACAAGAACAAGGUUGCUUGCAUCGAAGCAUGGCCGUCUCUUACAGAGAGACUGAUUUUCACCACCAGCCUGCUGGUUUUCCAGUACUGCUUCCCAUUGGGGUUUAUUUUUAUCUGCUAUCUCAGGAUAUUUGUAUGUCUUCGAAGGAGACGAGGUAAAAUUGACAGGAUGAGAGAGAAUGAGAACAGGCUGAGUGAAAACAAAAGGAUCAAUAUGAUGCUGGUAUCAAUUGUUGUGACCUUUGCAGCCUGCUGGUUGCCUCUCAAUAUAUUCAAUGUGGUUUUUGACUGGAACUAUGAGGCACUAAUGAGCUGUAAUCAUAACCUGACAUUUACAAUCUGCCACCUUGUGGCCAUGAUCUCAACAUGUAUCAAUCCCAUCUUUUAUGGAUUUCUGAACAGGAACUUUCAGAAGGAUUUGGUAGUAUUAGCUCACCACUGCAAAUGCUCAGCAUCACAAGAUGAAUAUGAGAACAUCGCCCUUUCAAACCUGCAAACGGAUGCAUCUAAGGGGUCUCUGAAGUUAAACACUCCCCAUGUGGAUGUAUAAAAUAAUCUAACUGUAAUUUCCAAAAUUCUGUAUUUUGUUGAAGAUGGCCUUUUUCUGCAGGUCUUGGUCAUGUUACCACCAAGUUUAGAGGAAGUCUUUGCCAUUUAAUUUAGCAAAAACAGGAUUAUGCUCCUAUAGGCAUACUCUUAACAAGUACUUUAUGAUAGUAUUAAUGCUGAUAAACCACUUCCAACAGUCCUAAAGAUCAAUAAUAAUAAAUUAUAAACAGUAUUAAUGUCUUCCUAUUUUUAAUCCACAGUUUCCAAGUCACUGCAUGCUACCUUAACUCCAAUAAAAACGUUUCCAUUUCAGCCACUGUUGGGGACAUCUUUCCUAAACACCUGGCUUCCCCCAGGUAAACGCUGGACACUGUGGUAUUCCUAACUUCAGCCUUUCACACACUGUUUUCUGGCAUUUUUAUUUUCCAACACUGCAUCAAUACCCUCACUGGUUAACCUGCACUUUAGAGGCAGCUCACAUUGUAAGGAAGGCCCUUGAAGUUAUCUUUAGACUCCACCACCUUCCUUUCAGCCCCCUCAUGCA